AUGGAUGCCCAGACGAAGAGGAAGGCUAUGGUGUACAGCCGUAGAGAGAUCGAGGCACUAAUCGCUGCUGGUCGGUCAAUUGUCAUCGUAGACAACAAAGUCUUGAAGGUGGACGCUUGGAUGCCCUACCACCCUGGCGGGGAAAAGGCAAUCCAACACAUGGUUGGCAGAGAUGCUACAGACGAGGUGACGAGGUUCCACUCUAACGAGACUCUCAAGCUCAUGGAGCGCUACCAAAUCGGCCGAAUCGACGGGCGGUGGACGAACUUCCUACCACCGAUCCAGGGUGGAAGGUUCAGGACACAAGAAGAACUAGAGAACAUCUCAGAGCAGGAUUACGAAACAACAACAUUGUCGGAACAAGAUACGGCUAGCUUGCCAUCGUCUGCCGACCAGAGCCCAAUUUUUGAGCCUGCGGACCACGUCUCUACAUUACGACAAAGAAAUGAGAGCACCAUGCACCGAACAUCUUCAACCUCGUCCGUCUCUUCGGUUGAUUUAGAUGAAUCAUAUACCUCCAAGAAAAUGUCUGUGUUGGACAGACGGACGCAACAGGAGCUGGACUUCGACAAGGCGAAGUACCCGUCGUUGGACACACAAACACAGGACAAGAUCACCGAGAAAUACCGAGAGCUUCAGAAGCGCAUCAAAGCAGAGGGGUUGUAUGAUUGCAACUACAUGUCCUACGGCAUUGAAUGUUUGCGAUACGCGACAUUCUUUUGCGCUUUCUUGUUUCUGCUCAAGUCAGGCUGGUACAUCACAAGCGCAAUACCACUUGCAUGCUUCUGGCACCAGUUGACAUUUACGGUACACGAUAGUGCCCAUAUGGGCAUCACUCAUGACUUCAUGACCGACUCAACGAUCGCCAUGUUCAUCGCAUCAUUCCUGGGUGGUCUCAGCGCUGGCUGGUGGAAGCGCAGCCACAACGUGCACCACAUCGUUACGAAUGAUCCGGAACACGACCCGGACAUUCAAUAUAUUCCGAUCUUCGCCGUCACGCACCGUUUCCUCCAUAGCCUCACGAGUACGUACUAUGAGAGGUUCAUGGAGUAUGAUGCCGUUGCGAAGGUACUCAUACGGAUCCAGCACUACACUUACUACCCUGUCAUGGCUGUUGCAAGAUUCAAUCUCUAUCGACUAAGCUGGGAGUAUUUGCUUGGGAACAAGGCACCAAAGAAAGGUCCGGCAUGGUGGUUCCGCUACUUUGAGAUGUGCGGUGUCUGCUUUUUCCUGACUUGGUACGCAUACGGCGUUGUGUACAAGUCUAUGCCAGACAACGCCACUCGCUUCUGGUUUGUGCUUCUCAGCCACGCCCUCACCUCGCCGCUGCAUAUUCAAAUCACGCUCUCGCACUUCGCGAUGAGCACCACAGACCUUGGUGUGCACGAGUCUUUUCCACAGAAAAUGCUGCGCACAACAAUGGAUGUCGACUGCCCUCAGUGGCUUGACUUUUUCCAUGGAGGUUUGCAGUUCCAGGCUGUACACCACUUGUACCCGAGAGUACCCAGGCACAAUCUCAGGAGGACGCAGAAGCUUGUGCAGGAGUUUUGCGACGAGGUGGACAUUCCGUAUGCGCUGUAUGGAUUUGUCGACGGGAACAAGAAAGUCAUUGGCAAGUUGGCAGAUGUAGCUCGACAGGCUGCCAUCUUUGCCCAGUGUCAACGCACCCUGGCUGCGGAAGGGGACUAUGGUCUUCAUUGAGCGUUGCGCAGCAAUCAUAGUAUCGGAACAUCAAUAAUUUUCAACUACGUCAA